GUUUAAACAAAUCGUACUGAUUGAAUAACACUACAGAUAUACAUAUUUCAUACGUACUGUUGACGUAGACUUAUUUAGUAGGAGUUCGUUUUAUGUCCUAGGUGACACAUAAUAGAGCAAUCAAUACAUUUAAACAAUCAUGUUCUCUUACUAGUAUAGUCGUAGUCCCCGUAGGAAGAUAAAUAGAGGAAAUUAAAACGCGAAAAGGUAUUCGACGCAUUACAAUGAUCGCUGUCAAAGUGUACAUAAUACUAUAGGAGUCAUACAAAUAGAGUAACACAAUAGAAAAAAAUAAUAAAAAAUACAAGAAAUCAGCCAUGAAUACCCAUGAUAUGUAUGCUGCAGAAAGCAAAAGGCCAAGGCUAAACAUUUGCCUGUUUAAAGGCAAAACACCGUUUUUCAGCCAUCACUAUAUUAUUGAAGGGACUCUUCCAGUUUAUAUUUAUUGUAUCGAUAGUAUUUCUUAAAAUUAGCAGUAGUACUACGCGAUUAUUGCAAGACAACGCUCAUCAAGUAAAACAAUUGAAAGAGAAUGAUCACUCCGCAGCAGUGCAUUUUGCAUGUGACGUUAACAAUGAUAUUGUUAAGCACAGGUGUAUCGCCACUUCAAUGCUACCAGUGCUUGAUCAACCCCCCGCCGGGCCAGUACUACAACACGACCAAGAAUCUGUGCGUGCACUUCGACUACUCCGACAAGUUCAUCGUGAACUGCCCCUACUCCACGAUGUGCAUGAAGCAAGAUUUCCGUCUGAAAAUAUUGGGAGGAGUAACCAUUGAAGGCGUUCUUCGUGAUUGCGCAUCACAGAAGAACGAAUACCACGACUUCCGAAACGGAAAAUGGUUUCCUACAAUGGAAGUUCUAGAGCCAUACGAAGAGGGCUGUCAGGAAGUAGACGACAAAGGUGAAAGGACCACUUCUUUUAACAGGUUCUGUUACUGCCGUCAGAAUCUCUGCAACGCAUCCCCAGUUACCAAACACGAAGACUAUAUUGACAUCAUGGGCGUCAUCGUAGUUUUCAACCUAAUGAAAUACAUUAAUGGUCUUAUGUAGCGACUACUUCAAAAAAAUCUAUUGUGGAUGUUGCAAACAAUUGCUUGAGUCCGAUUCUAAUGUUCCGUACUUACACGGUAUUACUCGUAAGCGAGUAAAAACUGACCCGAAAGAUUUUUGGUAAGACGUGACGUUGAUUUUUACACGGUUUAGAAUAAAACUAUCGAGUAAUAACGUAUGUGCGUACGGACCAUAAUUAAGAAAAGCUCUACAACCAAUCGAUGUCAAAUGUCAAACUCGAGCAAUAUUGGGCCGAAAGAAGCGACCAUUUCUCAAAAUAAUCGAUUAUCGACUUUCUUUUCACUGCAAACUAAAGUAGAUCAUAAUUAUUUUGAUAAAUAAUUAUGAUUUACUUGUGGUUAGAUCCUUUGUGAUUAAAGUAUAUUUAAAUAUUUUUUGUUGGGACAGACGAUAAUUUUAUUUUGUUAGUUGAUAAUGCGAACUAAAUCGCCAAAAACUUGUGAUAUUAUGUAUAAAAGGUAGUGAUGUUUAGGGAUCAACUAAUGAAUCAUUUAAGUCUUACUUAUUAUUACAGACUACCGAGUGAAAUAUUAAGACAAUAUUAUUUAUUUUUAUCCUACAUUUUGAGCAAAAACAUCUUUCCAAAUGAAUGCUAUUUUUACUACAAAAUCAUCUGAAUUUCAAUAGAUUAAUUAGGAUACUUACUCUUUAUAAAUAUGUGAUAGAUAGGGUAGUACAAUAUUAAACGCAAUAAGUAAUGUAAAAUACACUCUUUAUAUUGUUUAAAAAAAUAGAAAAUGUAUAUAUAAUAUGUUACAUGGAUUUUAGGUUUAAUUAAUUGAUAAAUUGAUUUAUAAUAAUUAUCCGUGUUUUUAGUGGUUUCAACGGUAACUCUGCCAAUUAUGUUUUUUCCCUUAUUGACACACACUGGCAAAGUUCUAUUGAAAAUUGAAUCUUGAGGGUCCAACGGGUACUAGAACGUUACUGUUACUUUUGCAUUGAAAAAUAUUUGUAAACGUUUCAAGUAACAACUUUUCAAACUACAAAAACUGCUGUUCGCCUAAACUGCUUAAUCGAUUAUCAUAUUUUUUUGGAGAUAUGUAAUUGGAAACUCUGGGAAAGAAUUUAGAAUUAUGAAUACUUACUUGAAAUGUAAUUUGAAGGAGGUGAACGUUUUUAUGUGAAUCAAAAUAAACUAUAUUAUUACUAUGACCCAAGAUAAUAUUUCAGUUUUAAUAAUAUAAAAAUCCCUUGCUGUGAGAUUGUUAAAUAGGUAGGUACCACAUUUUGACAUUAACAUUUUGAAAUGCGAUAUUGAAUUGUUAUGCUACUGCUAUUGUAUAUUAUCAAAUCUCGUGAACGUUGAAAAAAUACAAGAAUAAAAAUGUUUAAGAAGAGAAUAAAAUUUCACAUAGUUUAAUUUGUUAAAUAUGAGUCUACUAUAUCUUAACUGGUAGUAAAAAAAAAUAUAUAACGCAAGGAUAGCAUUAUUGGAUAAGAAGCUUUCAAAUAAUUAUAUAUUGAUCUCUAAACGAUAAUGAGAUAUUAAAUAAAUUUGACAUUGUAACAAUCUUUUCAUUUCACAGCUGCACUCAGAGACGUCAAUAUAUCAAUAUAUUUUUUUAAAUUCAUAAAAUUUUAACGCUUUAUCACUAUCAUCACACUCUGUGCGAUAACAAUACAAUAAGAUGACACAUCAGUUUGACAAGCCAUAUAAUUCAUAGACGUCUCUAAGGCUAGUAUUACAGAAUGACAACUAAUGUCGCUCUGUAUAGCACAUAGCGACAUCCCUUUCUCACUCUACUCAAGUAAAGAUCAACACUUGGUUGUCAUUCUGUAAUACCAGCCUAAGUGUAGUAGUCAGCCUCUUAGAUUAAAAUUGUCUGGAUUGUACAAGACAGCGUUGCCAGAUUUUUUAUUUCCAAGUUGGGAUUUAAGAACUUUUUGAAUGAAAAAAACGGUAUUCUUUCGUCUAAAGCAGGACAUAGUAAAAAAAAAGUAUAUAAUAUUUUUUUUAAAUAUUUAUUUUUUUAUUUGAGUUCAAAUUACGUUUACAUGACAAUAGAUAGGUACCUAGUAAAAAUAUCCAUAGAUAAUGUAUUUUGAUAAAAAUAUGAUAUUUUAAAUCAGAUUUAUCCCAUCGUUAAAUAGUCAAGUCUUUGUUUGAGAGUUCUUCAUUACGCGCCGGGCAGCCCACGUUUGUCUCUGCCUCCGGCCCGCGCUUUCUCAGUACGCACGGGCGAGUUAUUCCUGAAAAGCGGGAUAGAGUUUGUCCCGCGCGGGACAUUUAAAAAUGGGGACGUCUGGCAACGCUGAUACAAGAUUCGGAGAGAAGAAGAACCUUCACCCAUCUGCUUACCAGACGAAAAGAAUGUUUUAUCAAGUAUUUUUUAUAAAGAAAAAAAAACGCAAUUUCGUUGCCUAUAAAAUUUAUUUAUGACUAUUUUUUUUAAUAAACUAUAAGUAAAAUUAUUGUUCAUGUUUCACAAACGUGUUUACAAAAUAAAUUUGAAUGUUUAAUAUACUCGUAAAUCAAAAAUAUGCUGUAUAAGAAAUAUGCAAAAGGUAGUGUUACCGGCUUUUUCUGUUCACUUUUCGUGCGAUGAGUUUAAGAGUUCAAACAUAAAGAUUUCUUCAGAACUGUCCUUAUACAGUUCGUAAGCCGUCGCACGAGCAUAGGUGCAUUAUUUUCAUUGCACGAGGAGUCGUCAAAUCGUUUUUGUCAUCGUAAGAUUGUUCCCAAUAUGAAACAAAAACGCCUAAACCCUGAUAAAACUAUAAAAAUAAAUAGUAACAAU